CAGAGGCGGGGCCGGCUCCCUGCUGCUGCGGGCGGCCGGUGGCGGUGGGUCCGACACCGGGAGUAGCCCAAGCCGCCCCCGCGUCGAGCGAGCGUCCACCCCCGUGCUUCCGAGUGACCUGGGUUGGGGGGAUCGACCUGGGAAUCUCCGGGUCCUGUGAUCCCGAGUCGGGGGAGGGGCCGGUUCUGUGUUGGAGGAGCAUUUGGUGGAGGGCUCUUGGCCGUCUCGGGCGCGUGGGGCUCAGGGGCUUGGCUCAGUCCUCCGGGGGCACGAAGUGAGGGGCCCUAUCUCUGUCCUUGGGGGACCCGGGUGAGGAGCGCUCAGUCCUGUUCUCAGGGAGUCUGGGGUCGGGCCCGGGCCCUGUCCCAAGGAGCCGAAGAUAAGGGAAGCGGGCAUCGAGAGGACCUUCCCCCGGCCGUAAGCAGGAUGGAGCACUACCGGAAAGCUGGCUCUGUGGAACUCCCGGCACCUUCCCCGAUGCCCCAGCUACCUCCUGAUACCCUGGAGAUGCGGGUCCGAGAUGGCAGCAAAAUCCGAAACUUGCUGGGGCUGGCACUGGGUCGGUUGGAGGGCGGCAGCGCCCGGCAUGUGGUGUUCUCAGGUUCUGGCCGGGCUGCCGGGAAGGCUGUCAGCUGUGCUGAGAUUGUCAAGCGGCGGGUACCAGGCCUGCACCAGCUUACCAAGCUACGCUUCCUGCAGACUGAGGACAGCUGGGUGCCAACCUCACCCGACACAGGUCUAGAUCCUCUCACGGUGCGCCGUCAUGUGCCUGCGGUGUGGGUACUGCUCAGCAGGGACCCCCUGGACCCCAAUGAGUGUGGCUACCAGCCCCCCGGGGCACCCCCUGGCCUGGGCUCCACACCUAGCUCCACCUGUGACCCCCGACCCCGAAGAAAGCCUCGAGAUACCCGCUCCUGAGGACCUGCUGAACAAGCUCUUCUCCAGGCCUGAAGGUCUGGGAUGGCUGUGCCUUCUCUCAGAAGCCUCUGUAACUGCUCGUCAUCUCCAUCAAGACUUGAAUGCACAGAAAUGGGCCUCUCUGUCCUCUUUCCCCUUCCCUCUGGCGUGUGGAAAGAGACUGCUAUGAAGAGUGACAGGUGUGGGGUCUCUGGCGGGUCUGGAUUGCUUAAGAAGGGCUCAUUCUGCCUUCUACCUACGGUGCCUCUGAUCUGCCUUCUGACAGAGGUCCAGGGAGUGGGUUAUGAAAUAAAGGUUCUGACCAUUUGUCUGAUGA